AUGGAGAAUGAGAGACGGGCAUUGGAACUUCAGAAGAUACUCCAUAAGAAGCGACUGGAGCACCAAAAGGCAUUGUUUUUAAUGCGCCAACAAGCCGAACAGGAACAGCGGGAAAUGGAUUUGGAGUACGAAAAGGAGCAGAUGGAGCUACAAGCGGCCAAGGUAGAAGCGCACCAGAAAAAAAAACGUGAUGAAGUGUGGAAGGAAGUUCGCGGGAAGCUGGAGAAAAUGAAUAUUGAUCCGGUCAAGAAAUAUGUAGAAAGGCAGUAUAAAACCGAAGGAGCUUUAGGGGGCGAAGAUGAAAGAAUAAAAGGCGAGAAGAAGGAAAGGUCGAGGGACGCGAUUUCGGAGACAAGAGAUCGGGAGAUCGAGAAACUCGAGAAACGAAAGUCGGGUAGAUCAGACCGAGAAAAAGAAGAGCUGUCGAACAAACGCGAGGAUUUUAGAGGAGCCUUCAGAAAGUACUCUACACCGAAAGCAUCAGACGUGGCUCCACUGAUCUACCGAAGAAGAAAAGACUCGUCAAUUGCAAAGAGCAGCAGCGUCAGCGAAUACUCUGGUGAAUCAGAAGAAGUAGAAGAAGAUAGCUCGUCGGAAGAGGAAGAGAAUUUCGAAAAGGCUCCAAAGGAAACUUAUCAUAGACCAAGUAAAGCUCAACUAUCAGCUAGACAAUUUCUGUCGAAAAAACUCCCGACAUUCACUGGACGGCUCGAAGAAUGGCCAAUGUUUAUAAGUGCCUACGAGACAUCCAAUGCAGCGUGUGGGUUUUCCAAUGUCGAAAAUCUUGCUCGACUUCAGGAGUGCUUAAAAGGGCAAGCACUGGAGGCGGUUCGAAGCAGGCUACUACUUCCUAGUGCAGUUCCGCAUAUUAUCAAAACAUUGCGAAUGCUGUACGGUAGACCUGAUCAGUUGCUCAACAUGCUACUAGUGAACGUUCGGAAGGCACCUUCCCCGAGAGCUGACAAACUGGCAUCAUAUAUCAAGUUCGGCGUCGUCGUUCAGCAACUCACCGAUCACUUGGAGGCGACCGGUCUAACUGCACAUCUCGUAAAUCCAAUGCUGAUCCAGGAGCUGACAGAAAAACUGCCGGCCAAUACGCAAUUGGAGUGGGUGCGGUAUAGGAGGAAAUCCAAGAUCGUAACGCUGCGGACUUUGUCCAAUUUUCUAUCACGAAUCGUCAAUGAUGCUAGCGAGAUUACACCGUACAGCGAGACUGCAACCGUCGCCGUCGAUCAAGCAUUUCGGAGGAAAAAGGAAAGAAGGGAACAGGAGGGAUUCUUGCACACGCAUAGUUCCGACACGAGCGACCAAGCAAGUUUGUCAACAAAUGUCCAGCAAAGGGAAAAAAAGCCAUGUCGAAUUUGUGGUCGCUGCGAUCACCGGAUUCGAAACUGCGAAGCCUUCAAAAGACUCAGGCUGCCGGAAAGAUGGGAAGCGGUACGAAAGUGGAAGUUGUGUUAUCUCUGUCUCAACGAACACGGAAGUGCCCGAUGCAAGUUGAAUUUCCGAUGCAACGUGAAUCGUUGCAAUGAACGUCACAACCCGCUGCUGCACAUCGACCAAACGGUCAGCACAAACUGUAACAUUCACUCGCUUCAACGACAAUCGCGUUCUUGGACGAAGGGUCGUCUUACGUUGGUGGAAAAGUCGCUGGUGCACGCACUGCACGCCAAGGGUGUGACGCAGCCACUUCGAGUAACCUGGACAGCAGGAGUGACGAGAAUAGAGAAGGACUCACAACGAGUGGAGUUGAACAUAUCGGCAAGAGGCUCAUCGCAGCGUUUCCGUAUUAUGGCUGCUCAUACAGUAGACAACCUGAAGCUACCGCAACAGACUGUCACGAUGUCCAACGUAAUCAAUGACCACUCUCAUUUGCGAGGAUUGCCGGUCGCAGAUAAUUAUCGAGGAGCGCCGCAAAUCCUCAUUGGACUGAAGGACAUUCACCUUUAUGCACCUCUCGAAUCCAGGAUUGGCAAACCAGAUGAACCGAUUGCUGUGCGAUCAAAACUUGGGUGGACAAUUUACGGUCCUUCCUCUGCAAGCGGAUCUGACUCUGGAGUAAUUGGACACCAUCACUGCGAAGCCGUUUCGAAUCAAGAGCUGCAUGAUCUACUGCGAAGUCAUUUCAAGCUAGAAGAGUCGGUGAUUUCCGUAGCACUGCUACCGGAAUCUGACGAAGACAAGCGAGCGAAGGAUAUCCUCAACAAAACGACUGUACGUGUUGGCGACCGUUUCGAGACGGGAAUGUUGUGGAAAGAGGAGCAAGUGCGAUUUCCGACAGCUACCCGAUGGCCAACGCAGCAAGAGUUGGAGGAGUUCGAACCUCAAGAAGUGUGCUACUUGCCGCUAAGCGUGGUAGUGCACCCGAAGAAGCCGGGAAAGGUUCGUUUAGUGUGGGACGCGUCGGCCGUGGUAAAUGGAGUGUCGUUUAACUCGAAGCUACUGAAGGGACCAGACAUGUUAACUCCGCUUCCAAACGUGUUAGCAAAAUUUCGAGAGCGAAUGGUAGGAUUCGGUGGCGACAUUAAAGAGAUGUAUCUUCAAGUGCGUGUAUGUAAGGCAGAUAAGCGAGCGCGGUUUGUUUUCCGAGAAAGUCCAUCGAAAGUAGUAAAGGUUUACGUUAUAGACGUAACGUUGUUCGGAGCAACCAGCUCCCCUUGUACAGCUCAAUUCGUUAAGAAUCGUAACGCGCAAGAGUAUGCGGUGCAAUUUCCAGAAGCAGCCAGAGCGAUAGUAGAGAACCACUACGUGGAUGACUAUUUUGAUAGUGUGGACACGAUUGAAGAAUCGGUGAAGCGGACUCAAGAAGUGAAGUAUGUUCAUGCAAAAGGUGGAUUCUAG